AUGGACAGAAAGGAAAGGCACAGACAUGAGCAGAAGAACUCAUCUGACAGUGAUGAUAACUAUGUCCCUUAUGUCCCUGUCAAACAGAGAAAACUUCAGAAACUCCAGAAACUUGGACGUGUAAUCCAGAUCCAGGAUGAGAAUCGGAAGUUGCCUGGAUCAAGUGAGAACUCUGGCAAUGAGGAAGAUUGGGAUCCACUUGCUCCUUUAGCCAAGUCCCGACCAGAUGUCAGUCUUUUGGAUCAGCACAAUGACCUCAUCAAGCUUGCUGAAGCCCAGCAAGAAAGCAAGUUAGAAAAACAGCUAAAGGAAGAAGAGGAAAUCUUAGCCAGUGUGGCAAGGGAAAGAGCCUUGAUGGGUGUUGCUGAAUUGGCCAAGGGGAUCCAGUAUGAACAUCCCAUCAAGACUGGAUGGCAUCCUCCCCACUGGGUCCUAGAGAAAGGCAAAUCAUACCAUCAGCGCACUCGCCGUAAGAUGAUGAUUCUCGUUGAAGGGGAAGAAUUGCCACCACCUUUGACACGUUUUAUUGACAUGAAGUUUCCUCCCACCAUUAUCCGAGCACUGCGAAAGCGUGACAUUAUCAUUCCUACUCCCAUCCAGGCCCAGGGCUUGCCUACUGUGCUGUCAGGAAGGGACAUGAUUGGGAUUGCUUUCACUGGGAGUGGGAAGACUCUGGUUUUUGCCCUUCCCAUCAUUAUGUUUUGCUUGGAGCAGGAGGUGAAGAUGCCAUUCAUUCGAGAUGAAGGACCAUAUGGACUUAUCAUCUGUCCAUCUCGUGAACUGGCAAAGCAGACCCAUGAGGUCAUCCAGUAUUUCUGCACUGAACUGCUUGAGAGUGGGUUCCCUGAACUUCGGGUCUGUCUUGCAAUUGGAGGGGAACCUGUCACUAAUGCCAUGAGUGUCAUCCACAGAGGGGUUCACAUUGCUGUGGCAACUCCUGGCCGCUUGAUGGAUCUACUGGAUAAAAAGAAAAUGCACCUGGAUACUUGCCGAUAUCUAUGCAUGGAUGAAGCUGAUCGAAUGAUUGAUUUAGGAUUUGAAGAGGAUGUGCGGACUAUUUUCUCCUUCUUCAAGGGACAGCGACAGACACUUCUGUUUUCUGCCACUAUGCCCAAGAAGAUCCAAAACUUUGCAAGGUCUGCUCUAGUCAAGCCCAUCACAGUCAAUGUGGGACGAGCAGGUGCGGCAUCAAUGGAAGUUAUUCAAGAAGUGGAGUAUGUGAAGCAGGAAGCACGCAUGGUUUAUCUCCUGAGCUGCCUCCAAAAGACACCCCCCCCAGUGCUCAUCUUUGCUGAGAAGAAACAGGAUGUUGAUGCCAUUCAUGAAUACCUACUCCUUAAAGGAGUGGAAGCAGUAGCUAUCCAUGGAGGAAAGGACCAAGAGGAGCGGACCCGAGGCGUGAAAGCUUUCAAGAACCAUGAAAAGGAUGUUCUGGUUGCUACUGAUGUUGCCUCCAAAGGGCUUGACUUCCCUGAUAUUAAACAUGUAAUUAAUUAUGACAUGCCAGAAGAUAUUGAGAAUUAUGUUCACCGAAUUGGUCGUACAGGUCGAUCAGGAAAGACAGGUGUGGCAACAACAUUCAUCAACAAGACCUGCCAGGAAUCAGUUCUGUUGGAUCUCAAGCAUCUUCUCUUGGAAGCAAAGCAGAAGGUUCCUCCCUUUCUGGAUGCUCUUCAGUCUGAAUCUGAGAAAUACCUGGACCUUGGUGAUGAGAGAGGCUGUAGCUUCUGUGGUGGCCUUGGUCAUCGUAUCACUGACUGUCCGAAACUGGAGGCUAUGCAACAUAAGCAGGCUUCCAACAUUGGACGCAAGGACUACCUUGCAUUUGGCACAUCUGAUUACUAGCCAUAGACGUAGGCAGAGUGUAUGCUAAAUCAUCCAUAAGGUGGAUAAUGGAUCCCCAUGAUGAUGGGAUAUUCAUUUUGUUGCCCCCCUCCCCAUAUUUCAAUGUGUGUUGUGCAAGAGGCAAAGCAAUUUGGUUGGCAAAAAUGUUUGUCAGUAAACUCUUAAUGCUUUAUGUUUAUUGGGAAUAUGACAGACAUGUUCUCCUUCAAGA